UGGUGUUAACAUCAAAACCAGACUCCAGUGUGAACUCUAGUGCUGCUGGUUCGUUUCUAAAACGUUACAGCUCGUAACACAGUUUUAUAGAACUAGUUAGACCACAUCUGGUGUGUUUCAUACAGUUCUGGUCGCCCCCAUUCUCGGAAGGAUGUCGGGGCUUUGGAGGGGGCGCUGAAGAGGUUUACCAGGACCCUGCCUGGAUUAGAGGGCAUGAGCGAAAACGAAAGGUUGGACAAACUUGUGUUGUUUUCUCCAGAGCGGCGCAGGCUGGGGUGAGAGUGGAUGGACGUUCAUAAGAUUACGAGAGGAAUAGAUAGAGUGGACAGACGAUAUAUUUUUCCUGGGGGUUGAAAUGUCUAAUACAUUUAAGGUGAGAGGUGAUGUGAGCGGCAAGUUUGCUUCUUUCCACAGACGAAUGAGUAGCUGGAUGGGAGCCUGGGUGGGGGCGGUGUCACCAAUCCUGACACGUGAUCCCGUUUGCCCCGCCCAUUUAACCGCAGAUGGGCAGCACCUGCGCGUCUGUUUCCGAGGCCCCGCCUCCCGAUGAUGUAACAAUCUCUUCGCGCAUGUUCACAGUCUCCGGCUGGACGGUGUUAUCCUCUCCGCUCAGAGCUGAAGUGUGUCGGCUGUGUGUUCGGGAAAGACUUUCGUCUCUCCCGUCGGGAUCACUGUCUGCGGGCCGAAGAUAUCACUUUCCCAUCGUAGUAUGUAUCAUUCAUUCAGUAGCUCUGGUGUGUUCUGACGUCUCCGGAACGGCUUUUUCGUGUUUACAACAGUAGGAUUAGACCCUUAGACCUGUGGUGCGAGGUUUAUUGGAAGAAAAACCACAACUGGAUGCAAACCACGACUGAAGACGAGGGAACAGCAACAAGUGAACCAGCCUGAGGACUGAGAGCACCGACUGGAGAGAACCCAUCUGACUCAGUGAUUCAGUCAGGAGAAAGUUUGUUAGACCUGUGGUGAGAGAUUUAUUGGAAGAAAAACCGUAACUGGAAGCAAACCACGACUGAAGACGUGGGAACAGCAACAAGUGAACCAGCCCGAGGACUGAGAGCACCGACUGUAGAGAACCCAUCUGACUUGGAGAUUCCAGUGAUUCAGUCAGGAGAAAGUUUGGUUAAAACUGAGAAGGAAUUCGUCUCCAGGAAGCUCAAACACGGCACACCAGUUUUGUUGUCUCUGUCUAGAUAUUUAACAAGUGGAGCAAGGGAUCCAAUUGACCAUCCUUCCUGCUCAGACUGUGGGGAGGGAUUCACUCGGUCAUUUGACCAACUGUCACACCUGUAACUUACACAGGAGAAAGGCCUUUCACCUGCUCAGACAGUGGGAAUGGAUUCACUCGGUUAUCACAAUUGAAGUUAGAUCAGCAGGUUCACACACUGGGCAAGGCCAUUCACCUGUUCUGUGUGUGAGAAGGGGUUCAGUCGGUCUUCUCACCUGUGAACACACCAAUCAGUUCACACCACACCGGGCAGAGGCUGGUCAUCUGCUGAAUUUCUGGGAAAGGAUUCACUCGGUCAUCUGACCUAAUGGCUCACCAGCGUGUUCACACUGGGCUGAGGCCGUUCACCUGCUCACAAUGUGGGAAGGGAUUCACUCAGUCAUCCCACCUGCACAGUCACAAGCGAGUUCACACUGGGGAGAAGCCGUUCACCUGCUCAGUCUGUGGGAAAGGAUUCACUCAGUCAUCUACCCUACUGGUACAUCAGCGAGUUCACUCUGGGGAGAAGCCUUUCACCUGCUCAGUCUGUGGAAAGGGAUUCACUCAGUCAUCCAACCUACAGAGACAUCAGCGAGUUCAUACUGGGGAGAGGCCGUUCACCUGCUCAGUCUGUGGGAAGGGAUUCACUCAGUCAUUUGACCUAAUGGCUCACCAGUGGGUUCACACUGAGGAGAAGCCAUUCCCCUGCUCAGUCUGUGGGAAAGGAUUCACUCUGUCAUCCAACCUACAAAGACAUCAGCGAGCUCACACUGGGGAGAAGCUGUUCUCCUGCUCAGUGUGUGGAAAGGGAUUCACUCAGUCAUCCAACCUACAGAGACAUCAGCGAGUUCACACUGGGGAGAGGCCAUUCACCUGCUCAGUCUGUGGGAAGAGCUUCACUCAUUUAUCCAACCUAUGGAAUCAUCAGCGAGUUCACACUGGGGAGAGGCCGUUCACCUGCUCAGUCUGUGGGCAGACAUUCACUAAUUUAUUCAGCCUACAGAGACAUCAGCGAGUUCACACUGGAGAGAGGCCAUUCACCUGCUCAGUCUGUGGGAAAGGAUUCACUCGGUCAUCCACCCUACAGAGUCAUCAGCGAGUUCACACUGGGGAGAGGCCUUUCACCUGCUCAGUGUGUUGGAGAGGAUUCAAUAUGUCAUCUGACUUACGGAGUCACCAGCGAGUUCACACUGGGGAGAGGCCGUUCACCUGCUCAGUCUGUGGGAAAGGAUUCACUCUGUCAUCUACCCUCCUGGUACAUCAGCAAAUUCACACUGGGGAGAAGCCGUUCACCUGCUCAGUCUGUGGGAAAGGAUUCACUCAGUCAUCUACCCUACUGGUACAUCAGCAAAUUCACACUGGGGAGAAGCCGUUCACCUGCUCAGUCUGUGGGAAAGGAUUCACUCGAUCAUUCACCCUAAAGAGUCAUCAGCGAAUUCACACUGCGGAGAAGCAGUUCACCUGCUCAGUCUGUGGGAAAGGAUUCACUCAGUCAUCUACCCUACUGGUACAUCAGCAAAUUCACACUGGGGAGAAGCCGUUCACCUGCUCAGUCUGUGGGAAAGGAUUCACUCAGUCAUCUACCCUACUGGUACAUCAGCGAGUUCACACUGGGGAGAAGCCGUUCACCUGCUCAGUCUGUGGGAAAGGAUUCACUCUGUCAUCUACCCUACUGGCACACCAGCGAGUUCACACUAGAGAGAGGCCGUUCACCUGCUAAAAAUGUGGGAAAGGAUUCACUCAGUCAUCCCACCUACUGGCACACCUGUCAGCUCAGAAUGGGGAGUGAUCA